CCUAACUGGUGGAAGAACAACUAGGAGAAGCUUGAUCGUGUGUUUGAAUUUAUGGCAGCUGAAUUAGAAGCAAGACAGGAAGCUAUCAGAGAGAAAGAGAAACUAAUCAGAGAGGAGGAAGAAAAAAGGAAAAUCAAGCAAGCCGAGGAAAAAGCUCUCAAGAAGCAGAAGGAACGUCAGGAUUUCGAGGAACGCAUUAGCUCUAUUGUUGGCUCCAAGAUAAAUGAUGCGUGUGAAUUAUUUCUCGGGAGGGCUGACAUAUCGAAGAAUACAGAUCAGAUGCGCUGUACAUGUGGGAAUGACGAUUUGGAGAAGCAGAAGUUGGAAAAGCAGAUUGACAUGUUGCGCUUGGAAUACGAGUACAUUCGUAAACAGAUGGAAAAACUCACACGUUCGGUUGGACAAGUGGGGCACAAGCGCGCGGCAAGUAAUGUUUGCAUUACCAGUCCACCAGAGGCACCGGCGAGGGCUAAAGCUCGGACGAUGGGUGCUGCCGCCACUCCUUCCACGCAGGAUUUCAACAAGCUGCUCAAGGCCCUCAGCAACAUGAAGGAGGAGAAACGGAUUGCCGAGUUGGAGGUGCAAGCUUUAAGGGAGAGAUUCGAAAGGGCAGUUGGCAAGCUUGUCCGACAGGGACGGACUCCCAGAUCAAACCUGGCUAAAAGGAUGAUCGAAGCGACCGAUGAUGAUGAUAUAGAUCAGGAGCAAGGUUGUCACAACGAGGAAGGGCUUGAUGAUCUUACCAUCCGACCGUCACCGCCUAAACGUACCUCCGAACGUCUGGCGAAGAAGGAAGCAGUGGCGGAGAGAGAGGAAUUCGUGAAGGAGACGAAGAAGUAUCUGAAGAGGUUAAGGAAGCAUGGACUGCAGAUCUUGUGCGGGAAGGAGGGCAUUGCUUUCGUCACAUGCGAGCAAGCUAUUAACGAGAUUGCAGAGUUAUGAGCUUCCCUCGCCUUCGACCACCGACAUCCUGUCCAUGCUAACAAGGUUACUGAAGUGGUAUCAGAUUCCGAAGCCGA